GUCUGCUGGUCCAUCGAUAUCACAAGCAAUUCAAGUUUCAACAAUGCUGAAGUUGGUUGUAGCUGCACUCGCUCUAGUGGCCGUCGCCUUGGCGGACCCGCCAAGAGAGCUCCUGGACAACCCAGACUUCUGCAAUCCCAAGUUCUUGAUGCAAGCUGAACAGUGCUGCAGCACUUUGCCCAAGGUUUUCAAAAAGGAAAAUUUUGAUGCUUGCAUGCCUAAGGAUGGUGCUAAGAGCGGUGAAUCUGGUGAGGCUGGUGGGGCCAAGUCGAGGAACAGACGCUCACCCAAGAAAGGCGGAAACGGAAAAGACAAAAGCCAAAGACAAGGGAAGUCAGGACCUGGAGGAGAAGGACCUAGGGGCCCUUGCCCACUCGCAAUUGCCCAGUGCGUUUUGAACCAGACUGGCAAUAUCAAUGCUGAUGGUUCCGUUGUGCAAUCAGCCGUCCUUAAGAGCUACCAAGAUGCGGCCACGACUCAGGAAUGGAAGGAUUUGGCAACCAAAAUCGUCAAUGCCUGCUUUGAUAACGUGACAGCCACCGUUAAAAAUUUGCCACCACCACCCGCAGAUGCACCUAAACCUGCCGAUGGCAAGAUGGUUGCGCCAAAUGCUCUCUUGACAAUCGUUUGCAUCCAGACGAACCUUUUCAUUAACUGCCCAACUUCUGAUCGUACUAGCACAUUGGCUGCUGGUGAACCUGAUACCUGUGACACGCGUUACACCAAGCUUGGAAAUUGCAACCCAAUGUUCUUGCCCAACCCCAAGGACAUGAAGAAGGGAAAAGAGAAUAAGGGAGGAAGGGGAGGAAAGGGCAAGUCAGAGAAGUCGGUAAAGAAGGAGAAGAAGAGCAAGUCCAACAAGGAGAACAACAAGCAAUAAAUACAAGUCUUGAAUUGGAAAAGAGCUUGUGAUAAUUAUGAUUGAUUGGAAAUAAAAAUUGGAUUU